AUGGACUCAAAUGAAAUAAAUAAAAGCAACAGCAACAAUAAUAACGACAAUAGUAAUAAUGACAAUAAUAAUAGAAUUGUCGUUGAAGAAUUAGGAGAUAGAUAUUUUAAUACAAACAGUGAAAGGAGUGAGGGUGAUUUAGUGACACAAACACAAGAGAAACCCAAUCCAACAAAUUUUUCACUGAAUAAACCCAAAACAAAAUCACAAUAUAGUCCAUCACCACCACAUUUAUACAAGUCAAAUUCAACAUCAUAUUUAAAAUCAACAUCAUAUUAUAAUACUAAUAAUAGUUAUAGUAGCAAUAAAGAUAACAACAGCAAUAGUAACAAUAAUAAUAAAAAAUCAUCAAUACCAAAUACUCAAAUGAACCCUACAAAUAAUGGUUCAUCAUCAUCAACAUCAACAGCAACACCAUCAUCUUCAUCAGGUAGUACUAGUAAUAUUAGUUCAGGUGUUAUUAACAAUAGUAAUAAUGUUUCAGAGGUAUCAUCAGCAAUUAUUGGAGAGGAUAUAGUAGGAAGAAGAAGGGAUAGAUUUAAAUCAUUUAGUUGGACAAUUGGAGAGUCAAAUACAAAUAGUAGAUUUUCUGAAUUAUCAAUGAUUUCCUCAAAAUGUAAAAGUAUAAAGAGUGAAUUUACCCCAUUGUUUGAUGUUUUAACUGUUUUUGAUGAAUCUGAUAGAAUAAGGCAUAGUUUUAUCCAGAAUCAUUAUAAAACUUUACUGAUCCAAAAUCCAACAUCCCCAAACCGUCCAUUAUUAACAAAUUUACUUCAGAGAAGAGGUCACAAUUUAACAAUAUGUCCAAUUGACUUCAAUGUAGUUUUACAACAUAUUCAAAAAGAAACCUUUUCUUUAUUUAUUUUUGAUCCAAACGAAUCUGUUAUGAAUAGUGAGGCCUAUUAUUCAAACAAUCCAGUUUUUACUCCUACUCCUACCCCAACUUCAACAACAUCAACACCAACAACAAAUAAUAUCUUAAAUAAUUUGAAUAAUAAUAAUAAUAAUAAUAGUUCUGUUGGUAGUCCAAUGAGCCAAGCGUCAACAUCUUCUCCAAUGGUUCUAUCACCAAUGGUUUUUUGUAAUAAUAGUCAAAACAACAGCGAUAAUAACAAUAAUAACAAUAGCAAUAGCAACAAUAGUAGCAGUGAUAAUAAUUGUAAUAUAAAUCAAUCAAAUAGAAAAAAAUCAUUAACUGUAAAUACAAAUUUUAAAUCUCCAUUACCAAAUUCACCAUUAUCGUCACCAAAAUCACCAUUUAAAAAUCAAAACGUAUUUAAUAAUUUUUCAAAUAGUUUUUCACAAAACAAUAUCGAAUUUUGUAAAAUGUUAAGAUCUAAGGUUACUGAUUUUGAAACCAUUAUAGUUUUAACAGAAUCAAGUGAUCCUUCUGAGUUUUGUCAAUAUAUAGAUGCUGGAGCAAACGAUUAUAUCAAUCAACCACUUUCUCCUGUAUUGUUGGACCUUCGCUUAACCACUUGUCAAAAACUAGUAAAUAAUAAUUUACAUUUAAAGAAAGCAGAGCAACUUAAAGAUGCCACAAGAAAAAUGGUAACAUGUAUAGAAAAUUCACCAGAUUGUGUUGAAAUUUGGGAUCACAGUGGCCACAUUCAAUAUUUAAAUUUGGCAUUUACCGAGACAACUGGCUUUGCGCGUUGGGAAUUUUUAGGUAAAGAGUUUUCAUCACUCAUCGAAAACACUGAAAUUAUACCUAGUAUGUGGACAACUUUAACCGAUAAAAAGACUUGGAAUGGUUUCAUUAAAACAAGACAUUUAAACAACACCGUAAUAUAUUUCGAUACCAGUAUUUCCCCAGUUUUAGACCAAUUUCAACAAAUUCUUUACUACCAUUGCACAAAAAGGGAUGUUACACAAAAGAAAAUAGAUGAAGAAUCAAAAACUUUGGAACAAAAUAAAAUAAUAGAAAAGUCUCGUCUUCGUAUUUCAAUGAUGAGUCACGAUAUUAGAACACCAAUGUCAAAUAUUAUCGGCAUGGCUGAUUUAUUAUAUGACACUCCUUUAAGUAAUCAUCAACUUCACUAUUUAAAUAUUAUCAAAAAUUCCUCAAAUACUUUAUUAAAUAUAAUCAAUGAUAUAUUGGAUAUGUCAAAGAUUGAGGCAGGAAAAUUAGAAAUUGAAUAUGAAAGAUUUGAUUUUAAUUCAACAGUCUCUGAAGUCGUCGAAUCAAUGGCACAACGGGUUCAAGCAAAAGGACUAGAGCUUCUAAGCUAUAUAGAUCCAAAAAUACCACAAACAUUGGUUGGUCCUUCAUCAAGAUUAAAUCAAAUUUUAACAAAUUUACUAGGAAAUUCAUUAAAGUUUACAGAUAAGGGUGAAAUUUCAAUAUUUUGUCUCUUAACUGAUGAAACAGAUUCAGAAUAUGUGAUCCGAGUUGAAGUUAAAGAUACUGGUAUUGGAAUUAAAAAAGAGGCAUUACCUUUAUUAUUUAAAGCAUUUACCCAAGCUGAGGGUACAAUUACUCGACAAUAUGGUGGUUCUGGUUUAGGCCUUGCUAUUUGUAAAGAGUUGGUACAGUUAGCUUUUAAUGGUUCGAUUUCAGUAGAAAGUCAUUAUGGUCAUGGUUCGACUUUUACUGCAAUUUUAAAAUUUAAGAAGUUUUUACCUGGUGAAACUUCAAUUGUAUUAAAUCCUUCACAGCAUCAAUUAGAACAACAACAUCAAUCACAUUCAAUUCCUAAUACUCCAUUGGCAACUCCUUUGACUUUACCACAACCAAUUCCUAACAAUUUACCUUUAUAUCAAAUUGAAAAUCUUUCUAAAAAACAAAAAGGAAAUGAAUCAUCACAUUUAGAGUCAAUUGUCGAAAAUACCUAUUCACCAUUAGUAGAGCCAAUGAUAAUUAGUGAUCAAGAUAUACCUGAUGCUUUUAAUAUUUCAUCAUCAUCAUCGACAUUAGCAGCACAACCACCUCAACAAAUUAUUUCAUCACCUCAGACAUACAGUUCAAAAUUUGAUUUCUCUGGUGUUAAAAUGUUAUUUAUUGAACGUAAUGAUACCAGUAGAAGUUAUUUACAUAGACAAUUACAAACAUGGAAUAUUCAAUUAGAUAUGGCAGAGGAUGGAGAAGGUGGUUUCCAACAAUGGAAAAAAGCUCUUUCAACCGACUCUCCUUAUUCAUUAAUUAUUAUGGAUUCAAAUACACCAGGAGUUGAGGGUGCCUUUCUACCGCUAAGAAUUACUAGGGAGUUAGAAAUUCAUUAUCAAGCAUAUACACCAAAACUCCCAAUUAUAAUGCUAAUGCCUAUUCAAUAUUUAAACACAUCAAUAGAAGAAAAAUUAAGAAAUGCAGGUGUAUGUGCAAUCCUUUCAAAGCCAAUUCGUAUGAACGAAUUAGCCGAGUGCUUUAUGGUACAUUUAGGUUUAAAGAGAUACCAAUGUCACGAUAGUAGUAUGGUUGGGGUUAGCAAUAAUAAUACGAGUGGUGUGGAUUCAUUUUCAACAAAUAUUUUAAAUAGUAAUAAUAAUUUUGGUUCGAUAUGUUGGAAUUUAAAGAAUCAACAACAACACCAAAGAGAUGAUUUUUCACUAAAAUCACUUGCAAAGGUUUUGGUUGUAGAUGACAACCCAAUUAAUGUUCAAAUUCUUACAAAAAUGCUUCAGGCCAUUGGUUGCGAUAUAGACUCAGUACUUAGUGGAACUGAAGCACUCAACAAGUUUGAUCAGAUGUCUCGCGUUGGUGUUUAUGAUGCUAUCUUUUUAGACAUUCAAAUGCCCGAUUUAGAUGGUUUCCAAGUAUCAAGGGAGAUUAGAGAAAGAGAAAAAAAAUUCAAUUUACAAAAGGUUGCUAUUAUCGCCACUACUGCUAAUGUUUUUAAAGAAGAUCAAAUUAAAUGUUUCCAAGCUGGUAUGGAUGACUUUAUUACCAAACCAAUUAAAAGAAGUGAAUUAAAAGACAUAAUUUCAAAAUAUAGUAGUUUAAACCAAAAUAAAAUUAAAAUUAAUAAUAAUAGUAAUAAUAAUAAUACUAACAAUAAUAGCAACAAUAAUAAUAAUAACAAUAAUAUGAAUAAUAAUAAUAAUAUGAAUAAUAAUAAUAAUAUGAAUAAUAGCAAUAAUAACAAUAGCAAUGGCAAUGAAAAUCAACAAAAUAUUUUUAUAAAUUAA